AUGGAUCCGGUGCCGUCGCUAGACAUCUGCUGCAGAGCGGCUAACGAGGCCGUGUUGAACACGCACGCUUUGCUCUGCUUUUCUCCUUACCCUGCAAAAACUGCCCACAGUUACCAGUCUUUCCUUCUUCAAGGCUCUUCGGAAGGCAGCGCGCUGCACGACCAAGCCGUGGGGCUUGCGGGCUUGAAAGAUGCUCCAUUUUCUAAAGGGUAUGUGACUACUAUACUGGAAGAUGCAAAAAUUUACUCAAGCCAUGCUAAGAAAUCUAGUGUCGACGCCGAUGAUGUAAGAUUAGCGAUCCAGUGUAGGACGGACCAGUCAUUUACAUCUCCACCUCCAAGAGAUUUCUUGUUAGAUAUUGCAAGACAGAAAAAUCAAACGCCUUUGCCGCUGAUAAAGCCUUAUUCUGGACCCAGACUUCCACCUGACAGAUAUUGUCUAACAGCUCCAAACUACAGACUUAAGUCCUUACAGAAGAAGGUCUCUUCCUCUGCAGGAAGAAUAACAGUCCCUCGCUUGAGUGUUGGUGCUGUAAGCAGCAGACCUAGCACGCCUACUUUAGGUACACCUUCAGCACAAACAGUCUCUGUUUCAACAAAAGUUGGCACUCCAGUGUCACUGACUGGUCAGAGGUUCACCGUACAGAUCCCAUCUUCUCAGGCAACAGUCAAAUCAGCCACACCAACAACUCCAACAGUUCAGAAUGUUCUAAUUAAUCCUUCAUUAAUUGGUCCAAAGAACAUUCUUAUUACUACAAAUAUGGUGUCAUCACAGAAUACAGCUAGUGAAUCAAAUCCCUUGAAAAGGAAGCAUGAAGAUGAUGACGACUACGAUAAUUUGUGAAGAGACUGUCUGGUCCCCUCCCUUUCUUCAGAGAUGUGAUUCAUAUUGAGUCUGCUAGGGUAUUUGCUAAAUGUUCUUUGUAAACUGUAUGAUAGGAUGGAAAUAGUCUGUUAAUACGCAGUUGGUUAUAGAGUGAGCAAAAGAUCGUGGCCCUGUGGAAAGACUAAAAAGCAGCUAAUCGUUUUCUGUGGCCUGUAAUGGCUUCUAGACCUCAACAGAAAUGGUAAGAAACUAGUCACUGUUACACAGGAGUACAGUCUUCACGUCUCUUCUGUCGCCUGUAUUUCAAACAGACAGACGUGUUUGUGGCGUUGAAGACUGGUGAGCCAGGUGCUUUUGUAGUACUGUACUGUGCCAAGUAAAAAUAAUUUUUAUAAAGCACUGGGUAAUGUAGAAUCUAGUAUAUAGCUACUUAAUUUCAAAUCACGUUAAAAAAACCAAGAACAGCAUCUUUGGUGAGGAGGGAAAGCGCCAGGGACUAUCGGCUUUUUUUUUUUUUUCCCCCUCCUCAAAUGCAUUUACUGCUUCUAGAGUGUUACUUCUGUACUCUGCUCUCCGUAUGCAGUAUUAAUAGGCAUGAACAUUUGCUCUUACAGUAGA